UCGAUUCCCAUUGGCUGCCGCAGCCGUCACUCAGCCAAGCCCCCUAUAAAGGCAGCGGCGGGCGCGGGGCUCCGCACACCGCCAGCGGCGGCACCGGAGCGGCCAUGAGCGAGCGCAGCCCCAAUGAGUCCCCCUCGGCGGCGGAGGCUCCCGGCGGGCAGGAGGAAGCCAAAGCCGGUGACCCCAAGAAGGUGGAGGAGGAGGAGGAGGAGAUCGACAUCGACCUGAGCGCACCGGAGACGGAGAGAGCCGCGCUCGCCAUCCAGGGAAGAUUCCGCCGCUUCCAGAAGCAGAAGAAGGAAUCGGGGCCCUGAGCGACCCCCGGGACCCCCCAACCCGCGGCGGGCACCGGCUCCUGCCCCGUCCGCCCAACACCGGGGGG